GAAAAAAAUAGCCCUCGUGUAGGUCUCUCUCUCUCUCUCUCUCUGUCUCGCCCUACCUCCCAGUCGCUGCUUUCUCUUCGUACUAUCUGGUUGAGUUCGGAUCGAUCCGAUGGAGGCGGAGCAUCAGCGGCAGCGGAGGAAGGGGCAGAAGCGGAAGCUGGAGGAGGAUGGCAGCAACGGCGCCGUCGCCGCCGACGCCUCUCCGUCCUCGAUGGAGGUGGAGACGGAGGAGAUCGGAGUCGAGGAGAUCUGCUGCCAUCGCUCGCAUCAAUCGCUCGCCCGCGAGGUCCGGGCCCAGGUCGAGGUCCUGGAGCGAGCUUUCUCAUGGCGCCUCGUAGAUCGAACCGCUGCCAAGCGCGCUACCCACGUCCUCGCCGAGCUCGCUAAAAACGAGGAUGUUGUGAACGCGAUCGUUGAAGGAGGGGCCGUGCCGGCGCUGGUAAAGCAUCUGCAAGAGCCUCCGCCUCUGCUGGUAAGGGAUGUCGGUUCGGGCGGAGGAGAUCGCCCUUUUGAGCACGAGGUCGAGAAGGGGAGCGCGUUUGCUCUCGGUCUGCUUGCCGUCAAGCCUGAACAUCAGCAACUCAUAGUUGAUGCUGGUGCCUUGCCUCUGCUUGUAAAUCUCUUAAAAAGGCAUAAGAAAGGUUCCAACUGCCGAGCAGUUAAUGGUGUUGUUAGGCGAGCAGCUGAUGCAAUUACUAAUCUUGCUCAUGAAAAUAGCAAUAUCAAAACAUACGUCAGGUAUGAAGGUGGGAUUCCACCCCUUGUGCAACUGUUGGAAUCUACAGAUCUGAAGGUACAGAGAGCUGUUGCAGGUGCUUUGCGGACUUUGGCGUUUAAGAAUGACAGUAACAAAAAUCAGAUUGUGGAAUGUAAGGCUCUUCCCACAUUGAUUCUCAUGCUUUGCUCAGAAGAUCCUGCCAUCCAUUAUGAAGCGGUUGGCGUUAUUGGAAAUCUUGUUCAUUCAUCCCCUAACAUAAAGAAAGAAGUUCUCACUGAAGGAGCAUUGCAACCAGUGAUUGGCUUAUUAAGUUCAUGCUGCACUGAGAGCCAAAGGGAAGCAGCCUUGCUGUUGGGGCAGUUUGCUUCAGCUGAUUCAGAAUGCAAGGUGCACAUUGUGCAAAGGGGUGCACUACGACCUCUAAUUGAGAUGCUUCAGUCAUUAGAUUUUCAACUAAAGGAGAUGUCUGCAUUUGCUCUUGGAAGAUUGGCACAGGACUCACACAACCAAGCUGGUAUUGUUUUCAAUGGUGGUUUGGUGCCUUUGCUAAAACUUCUUGACUCAAAAAAUGGAUCUCUGCAGCAUAAUGCUGCAUUUGCUCUUUAUGGAAUUGCAGAGAAUGAGGAUAAUGUUGUCGAUUUUGUCAAAGUAGGAGGUGUUCAGAGACUACAAGACGGUGAAUUCAUUGUCCAGGCAACUAAAGAUUGCAUUGCAAAAACAUUGAAAAGAUUGGAGGAGAAAAUCAAUGGGCGAGUAUUGAGGCAUUUGUUAUAUUUGAUGAGAGUUGGAGAGAAGUCUUUUCAAAGACGUGUAGCACUGGCUCUUGCUCACCUAUGCCCACCUGAAGAACAAAGAAGAAUUUUCAUUGAUAACAAUGGGAUGGAUAUUCUUCUAGAAUUAGUAGGGUCUACUAAUUUAAAGCAGCAGCAGGAUGGUUCAUUUGCUCUUUACAAAAUGGCCAACAAAGCUAAGAUGCUUUCUUCUGUGGAUGCUGCUCCUCCUUCCCCUACCCCUCAGGUUUAUCUUGGUGAGCAAUAUGUGAACAAUUCCACACUGUCAGAUGUUACUUUUCUUGUUGAAGGCAAAUGCUUCUUUGCACAUCGGAUUGCUUUGCUUGCUUCAUCCGAUGCAUUUCGAGCAAUGUUUGAUGGCGGAUAUAGGGUAAUUAAGGAAGCUAGUGAGAAGGAUGCAAGAGACAUUGAGAUUCCCAACAUAAGAUGGGAGAUUUUUGAAUUAAUGAUGAGGUUCAUAUACACAGGAUCAGUCGAGGUUACCAACAUGGUGGCACAAGACCUCCUAAGAGCUGCCGAUCAGUAUCUUCUGGAGGGCCUCAAACGCCUGUGUGAAUAUAGCAUUGCACAGGAUAUUAGCAUCGACAACAUCUCCAGCAUGUAUGAAUUAUCUGAGGCAUUCAACGCAAUGUCCUUGAGGCAAAAUUGUAUCUUGUUUAUUUUGGAGCAAUUCGAUAAACUAAGCAUCGUACCUGGGUAUUGUCAUCUCAUCCAACGAAUCAUCCCUGACAUCCGCAGCUACUUUGAUAAAGCUUUGAAGCCUAAUCCGAGCAUCACUCAAUCCUAACUAUUCUUUCUUGACGCUGUGUAGGGUAACUUGUGCUGAUGGGGACUGUACAGUUUGAGCCUAUUCGCACCAUUGUUUUUUGUUCUUAGGGAGGGUGAGUUUGAGGGAAGAACAUGCUGUCUGCAUCGUCUUUUUUUGUUUGGUAGAAAUGAUUAGGAACGGGAUCCCAGCUAAUUACGCCUCCUGCAAUUUACAAUCAUCUAAUCUAAAAAUGGGCUAACUUGUAUUUUUAGAA